AUGACUAAUGAAAAAUCCCCAUCCCAAGUUAUCACUUAUAUAAAUCCGGAAUUAACCAGUCAAGAAAAUGCUAAACCUGGUAGACAUGUCAACUUACCAUUUGGCUAUGGUCCAAUUCCAGAUAAGAAUCUGAAAAUUUUCUUUUUUGACAUUGAUAAUUGUUUAUAUCAAAGAUCAACAAGAAUUUUUGAAAUGAUGCAAGUUAAAAUCCAUGAUUAUUUUAAAACUAACCUCAAUUUAAAUGAUGAGGAAGCUAAUAAAUUACAUUUGACAUAUUAUAAAACCUAUGGGCUAGCUUUGGAAGGUCUCGUGCGUAAUCAUGAGAUCAAUGCUUUAGAGUAUAACUCCAAAGUUGAUGAUGCAUUAGAUUUGCACAAGGUUUUAAGAUAUGAUAUAGAAUUAAGAAAUACAUUAUUAGAAAUUAAACAAUCUGGAAAAUUUGAUUAUUUUUGGUUAAUUACAAAUGCUUAUAAAAAUCAUGCAUUAAGGGUCAUUUCCUUUUUAGGUAUUGGUGAUUUAUUCGUUGGCCUAACUUAUUGUGAUUAUAGUAAAUAUCCAAUCAUUUGUAAACCAAUGAAGGAGUAUUUUUUAAACUGUUUUGAACAGACAAAUUUGGAAUAUGAUAAAGAGGUUUUGGAAAAUCAAUAUUUUAUUGAUGAUUCUGAGUUAAAUGUAAAAGCUGCUUUUAAUUUAGGUAUUGGUAACGUGAUACAUUAUGUUGAAGUUGAAUCAGAUUUGGAAAAGAUUAAAGCAAAACCAGAUUUUGAAGAAUAUUAUGGAAAUGGUGAUAAUAAAGAUCAUUCAAAAAUUAAAAUAUUAACUGUUUUCAAAAAUUUACCAAAAUUAAUAGAUUUAUAG